AUGCCCUUGUACUGGCUAUCCUUAACAUUUCGUCUGAAAAGAGAAGCCCGUGAGCGAGCCAGGAAAAGCAAAGCCCUGUGGCGCUCCUGCAAGCUCCAAGUCUGCUUGCACGACGACAGCAGUGUGAUGGAGCAGAAGCUUUGUCCACUGAACAGUGUUGCUGUCAGUGUUGUGUGUCAGGCAAGCAUUCUGGCAAGUCCAACGGGCGCUCCUCCAAGCCGAGCCUUGGAGGGCAAGGCCGGCAUCAUUACCUCCAACGAGUGGAGCUCUCCGGACUCCCCCGAGGGGAGCAGCAUCUCUGGGGGCAGCCAGGCACUGGACAAGCCCAUCGACAAUGAUGCAGAGGGCGUGUGGAGUCCCGAUAUCGAGCAAAGCUUCCAGGAGGCAUUGGCCAUUUACCCACCCUGCGGCCGCAGCAAAAUCAUCCUGUCGGACGAAGGCAAGAUGUACGGUCGGAACGAGCUGAUUGCACGCUACAUCAAGCUCCGCACAGGGAAGACCCGCACCAGGAAGCAGGUCUCCAGCCACAUCCAGGUGUUUGCCCGCCGAAAAGCCCGGGAGAUCCAGGCCAAACUCAAGGACCAGGCAGCUAAGAACAAGGCCCUGCAGAGCAUGGCUGCCAUGUCGUCCGCCCAGAUCGUCUCCGCUACAGCCUUCCACAAUAAAAUGGCUGUUGCCCGGGGCCCUGGCUACCCAGCAAUCUCAGGGUUUUGGCAAGGAGCUUUGCCAGGCCAACCUGGAACAUCCCACGAUGUGAAACCUUUCUCUCAAAACGCUUAUACUGUCCAGCCUCCACUGCCUCUUCCAGGCUUUGAGUCUCCUGCAGGACCCACCCCGUCGCCCUCAACACUGCCAGCUUCCCCAUGGCAAGGCUGCAGUGUGGCCAGUUCCAAGCUCUGGAUGUUGGAGUUCUCUGCUUUCCUGGAGCGCCAGCAAGAUCCUGACACAUACAGCAAGCACCUGUUUGUGCACAUCAGCCAGUCGAGCCCAAGCUACAGUGACCCCUACCUCGAAGCCGUGGACAUCCGCCAGAUCUAUGACAAAUUCCCAGAGAAGAAGGGGGGCCUCAAGGAGCUAUUUGAAAGGGGGCCCUCAAAUGCCUUCUUCCUUGUGAAGUUCUGGGAGCAAAAGAAACCCAGAAUCCAGGCACCUCUGGUUCUUCCUGAUAUCCAGCAGAGCAUGACAGACUUAUCCCUCCUCCUCCCCCGGAGGAAGCACUUCGUUCCCUAGCCCUGAAAACUUCGGUACUCAGCAUCCACACUGGGACAGGGGAAGGAUGAGAAUGAUUUCCCAAACAUUUCCCCUUCACUCAGUAGCAGGCCAAUUGCAAUACUGCCUUUUUCUGCUUCUAAUCUUUACUUACAACCCUUCCUUUUCUCGGGACCCUCAGACAGUGACCGGGCUUAUAGAAUCUGUUCUGGUUAUUCAUCAGCCCACUUGGGAUGAUUGCCAGCAGCUCUUACAGGUGCUCCUAACUACAGAGAAAAAAAGAAUGUCCCAGGACCUGACAGCAGGCCAACCCAAUCACCGGACAAGAAAGAGGAUGGGACUUCAGUACUCCAGCUGGCACGGUUGAAGGCUCUCCAGAUCUCCGAGCCCAGGCAUAGAGACCCCUGGCCACCCUGACACCUGGAAAACUCGCAUUCGUUCCAGAAUUGGCGCCUGGGGUAUAUCCGGAGGGACAUGAGAAAAGCUGCAGCACCCCACAGCCAGAACAGCAGCUGCCCACUCAUACCUGCAAUCCAUGCCUCCUCAAGCCCUUGCUUUGAUACCCCUGCCCUCACCCCUGAUUUCUGUCAACUAGUAGCAGGGCUAGCUAGCCUCCUGGGAUACAUAUCCCCCACAGCCGACCCUGGAGGCUGGCAAGAUUUUCCCCUAGAGGAAAUAUUUGGACACGGGGGUUCAGACAUCUCCCCCACUUGUCUCCCAGGGGCGAGAGGCGGAACUGUCUCCAUGGGCGUCGGGAAGGACUUGGGACAUAAAAUGGUAUUUAUCUGACCAGAGCCUGCUGCUGCAGGCCAGACUAGACCCUCCCUAAAGGGGCCCUAGCUAUCCCUGCUGCUGCAGGCCAGACUAGACCCUCCCUAACGGGGCCCUAGCUAUCCCUGCUGCUGCCCGCUGGACUAAGCUACUCUCCCUGCUUCUCUGCUGGCACCUCCCAACACCAGCCCGGGCACCCGGAAAUCUCACACCCGCUUCCAGGUUGGCGAUUCUGUGUAUGUUCAGAGACACCGGUCCCAGAACCUUAAACCUCGCUGGAAGGGACCCUACACCUACUGCCCUCAGAGUGGACGAUCUUGCAGCCUGGAUCCAUGCAUCUCACGUCAAGCCUACACCUCCACAGGACGACCCAGGACCUUCCAAAUGAAAGUUUCAGUGUACCCAAAAUCCUCUCAAGGAGGCCUGGUUCUGCCAGGCUUGCUGAUCUUUGCCCUGAUGUUUAUACCUUAGGACUUAACCUGGACCCUGACAAACUUUGAGACUGGGCAAGCCUUAAGGCCAGCCACUGGAGUUCAUCCCCUGAAUACCUGGUUCCCCCAGCUAACUUUUGACCUGUAUGUUUUAGCAAAAGCCUCUUGGGAGGAUACUGAGCAAACCCCUGAAAACUUUUAUCCUGUAUGCAAAUAUUCUAAAUGAUAUGUUUGUCCGGGGAGAAAAACAAUAUGGGGGGGGGGCUAAAAUAUUUUAUUGUGCUGCCUGAGGAUGUAAAACCAAUGUCAAUGUCUCCUGGUUGAGGGUUAAUGAAAAGGACUUAGUCUCUUUCACCCAUAAAUAGUAGGGAAUAGACUCAUCUGGCAGUUUAUUGAUCUAUGAUGGGCCUACAACACUGGUUUGUUAAUCUCUGUGUACAGAUCCAAUUGGUCCUCCAAAUUUACUAAUAUCUCAAGAUUGAGAUAUUUGACCAAAUAAGAGGAGGGAAUGUAAGACUUUAAGACAAUCCUGAAGCCAUUUCUGACAAUUCUGAAUCCUCUCAGCCUCUGUGCCAUAGUGCUUCCCCUCCUCCCCUGGGAACCAAGGACCUAACAGCUACACUUGCACGUACUCAGUUCCUGAACAAUUACCCAUAUACGUAUGCUUUGGUUCUGUCCCCUGGGAAACGAGGUCAAAAUGACCUCUUACCUCAUCUGAUCUGGCAACAGCUCUCCAGUCAAUUAUUGGUAAUAGCCCUUUCAAAUAAGCCAAUCAGAAUAGUCAAAGAACAACCCCCCUUGCUUCUGUGGCCCCUUUAAAAGUAGACUGUACCCGCUAUUCGAGGUCCCUCGGCUUCCCGAAUGCUGGGGGACCCUGUCAUGACAGAAUUAAUAAAAUCCUCAUGCUUUUGCA